AUUAAUAUAGGUUUAACAUGGCUUUAAAAGAAAUAACAAAUACCAAUUUGUUUACAAAAAAAGAAAUUUUGGAGGACAUUAUGGAAAACGAUACGACUUUUGAAAUAACUGGCUACGUCAGUUCAAUAUUUCAAAUUAAAUCAACCACAAGAAAUGGCAAAACAACGCAUCUUUUUAAUUUUAUUAUGAGCAACGGUGAAAUUACCAUUCAAAUUGCUGCCUGGAAUGAUUUAGCUUUUAAAUAUGCAGACAUAAUAACUCAAACAGAACAAGUUUAUUCUCUACAAAAAGUGGUACCUAAAAUCCCUUUGAGGAAAGAAUAUUUACAUAAUGCUUCAUUUCCAUACGAAUUAUUAAUCCGAAGUUCCACUAUUGUCGUUCCUAUUGGCAUUUAUAAAAUACCAAAAGAAAUUGAAACAAUUUCUUUGAUUAAAAUGCAAAAUGCCAGAACCAAAAGUGGUUUAAUAAUAGGUAAUUUAAUAUUAUAA